GCACUGCUCCCAACUAUCUCCAGGAGCGUCCCUCUUGUGACAGCGAUGAGGGUGCGGGCAGUUUUCUGCCUCUGGGCGGCUGUUUGCUGGUUCGGCAGAAACCCAGCGGACGCUCGGCCAAGUAACACCUGCGUGCCCACUUGCACUGGUACCAAUCAACUGAAUUACCAGAAAGGUUUCCAGUAUACUUACAAAUACACGACUGCCAUAAACAGCUUCUUGCAGGGAAGUUUACAUGAGAGCAGUGGACUCACAGUAGAAUGUUUAGUCAUUAUCGAUGUUCUUGACAAGUGUCACCAUGUCUUAACACUUAGAAAUACAGAGAUUAAAGGAUCGAUGUCAAAUGAGGUGGAACUUCUCCCAGGUCAGGAAAAGCUAAGAGCUUCCUUGGAGAAACACCCACUUCAGUAUUCAUUCCAAGAUGGCUUAAUCCCUGAGAUCUGUCCUUCAGACAGUGAAGAAAGUUGGGCCCUGAACUUUAAGCGAGGCAUUCUCAGUGUUCUCCAGGAUUCUUAUGCAGUAAAUAAACAGCGGACUGUUGAGGAGGUGGAUAUUUCAGGAAAGUGUUUGUCUACAUAUAAGAUGCAAGGUUCCCUCCUUACAAAGUCUAAAGACCUGAACCGUUGUUCCUUACGUGCUACAGCUGUCACUUCAUUGCAGUCAGUACGUCUACCCGAUUCUGCAUCCCACCAACAGAUCCUGGAUUCACAGCUGGAAUGUGUACAGAGCUAUAAUGAUGGCACCAUAGAAAUGACCAUUUGCAAUGAGUCAAAUGUCUUUCAGCCUUUCUCCAAAGAAGGAAAAGGGGCAAAGACAGAAAUUCUCACCACACUGAAAUUUUUAAAGAUGGAGGAAGUGGUAUUCACGCCCAGAGCGGAACUGAAGGCAUUCCACCACAGCACACUGCUGUUUGAGAGAGAGGGUGGAGAAGAUAAAAAGACAGGAUCCUCGAGUGCAGAGCAAGUCGCAGAGUUAGUGAGACAGCUCUGCAUUAUCAAAGGCAUGACCUUCGAGUCUGCAGAUCUCUUCAUGUCCCUGGUGUUUGACCUCCGGAGUCUUUCCAUAGGAACUCUCCGAGACCUGUGGCAACGGGCGCUGUUCAAAUGCAGAGACAACUGGCAGCCUCUGGUGGACACUCUACCAGCCUGUGGAACUGAAGCAUGUGUCAGCUUCAUAACAGAGAUUGUCCUGUCCAAAGAGCUGGAUACCGAUCGAACAGACACCUUUCUCUGGUCUUUGGCAUUCAUUCCUGAACCGACAAUACCAAUGAUUGCUGCAGUUACUGCCCUGCUGAGAUCACCCGACACGCGCACACAGGCCUUUCUCGGAAUUUCUUCACUGGUUCAUAACUUCUGUUCGAUGCGCAAUCGUUGUCAAGUGGUCCCGGAGGUGCAGGAGUUCAUGAAGAUCCUCGAAAGUUAUGUACAAGGAAACUGCCGAGCACGGGAUCCUGAGAGAAAGGAGAAGGUGCUGUUGUCCCUGAAAGCAAUUGGAAACGCUGGUCUGGCUGCCACAGCGCAGAUCCCAGUAUUGAAUAAAUGUCUACAGGCAAAAUCCAGUCUGCUGGAAGUGCGGCUCGCAGUUAUUGGUGCUUUCAGACGCAUUCCCUGUGAAGCUGAUCGCACUGUGUUAAGACAGCUAUAUCAAACAGUGGAUGAAGAUGUCGAACUCCGAAUUGCUUCUUACUACAUGUUAAUGAAAUGUCCCAGUGAGCAGCUAUUUGAUACAGUGGCAGUCACUCUACAGAAUGAAAGAUCCAGUCAAGUCGGCUCAUUUGUAUGGACCCAUCUGUCACAGCUAUUGGAAACUAAUGACCCUCUCAAAUUUUGA